CUCUUCUCCGUCUUUGUUUCCUCAUUUUUGCCGCCGCCACUUCAUCUUCCCCCCGCAGGUAAGUCAAAGCAGUUAGACAAAACUUAAAAGAUGGGGCGUGUCCGAACCAAGACGGUGAAGAAAUCAUCACGUCAAGUGAUCGAGAAGUACUACUCGCGCAUGACACUAGACUUCCACACGAACAAGAAGAUCCUUGAAGAAGUAGCCAUCAUCCCUUCGAAGCGUCUCCGCAACAAGAUUGCUGGAUUCUCCACUCAUUUGAUGAAACGUAUCCAGAAGGGACCAGUUCGUGGUAUCUCACUCAAGCUUCAAGAGGAAGAGCGUGAGCGUCGUAUGGACUUUGUUCCCGAUGAGUCUGCUAUCAAGACCGAUGACAUUAAGGUUGACAAAGAGACUCUUGAGAUGCUUGCUUCCCUUGGCAUGUCUGAUGUUGCUGGCGUCUCUGUCGUUGAGCCACAGGCUGUGACUACUGCUUUUGGUGGUAGGCCACAAAGAAGGUUCUAAAGGAGUCAAUCGAGAGAACCCUUGCUCUUCUUAUUAUAAGUCUGUUUUGAUUUAAGAUUUAUGCCGGAAGUUGAAAUUAUGGUUUUUGAGUUUUGAUGUUCGUUUGCCCAUGUGACCUCAAGAUUUGAGUUAUAAAGUUUCUACUUUCAGAAGUCAUGCGUUCUUAGUUCUUAUAAAUUUACAUAAUUUGGUAUGUAUACGUUGUUUAACGGUAUAAUAACAGAACAGAGACAAGUGAAAGGUGGAU